AUGCGGAACUUGCGCAAUAUUCGAUAUGGCGCCUGGACGGCGCCGUUUGACAUCACAGGAAUUUGCUGGGAUGCUGGGAGGGAUGAAGCUCUCGCUACCUUUGGCCCGUCUGGGGAAGAGGGCAAAAUCCAGUUGGUUAGGAUCACUGGCCAUCGUGUGUCGUCAUCUGAGUUCCAAUGCACGCCCGUUGCCUUGUGGGAUGCGCCCAGCCCGAACCCAGAGCUGGCCUUAGAUAGGGUAGUGGAUGUUCACCAUUUCAGUGACAGCGCCACAACCUGUCUCGUCCUCGAAGGCGGGGAUAUAGUCAUCGUUCAGGAGACUGAGGAUUCCUCCUCCUCCUCGAGCGAUGCGCACAUUGAGAUCGUGGGAUCUACUGAUGCUGGCGUUGCCGCUGCUCGUUGGUCGCCAGACGAGGAACUCCUUGUCAUCGUCACGAAAGCCGACACCGUGGUGCUCAUGAGCAGGAGUUUCGAUGUCAUUACCGAGACAACAAUGACCCCGGAGGAUUUGAACGCUUCUAAGCAUGUUUCCGUUGGGUGGGGUAAGAAGGAGACCCAAUUCCAAGGAAAGGGGGCCAAGGCUCGGGCUCUGCGCGAUCCUACCAUCCCGGAGAGAGUCGACGAGGGGAUUCCCAGUCCCAACGACGAUGGCCGGACCACUAUCAGCUGGAGGGGGGACGGUGCGUAUGUUGCCGUCAACUCUGCGGGCCCGGGGUCCAGGAGAGUCAUCCGUAUCUACACCCCCGUAGGGGUUCUCGAUAGCGUAGGCGAGCCCGUUGACGGCCUGGAGGGAGCCUUGAGUUGGCGCCCCUCCGGAAACCUCAUGGCUGGCGUCCAGCGGCUAGCCGAUCGAGUCGAUAUUGUCUUCUUCGAGAAGAAUGGCCUCAGGCAUGGCCAGUUUACUCUUCAGAUUCCGCGCGACACGAGGGGCGCAACGGAACAGAUUGCGCUAGAGUGGAACUCGGAUUCCGAUGUCCUUGCAGUCAUCUUGAAGGACAGGAUACAGCUUUGGACUAUGGGUAACUACCAUUGGUACUUGAAGCAGGAGAUCCUCACCGGGUCUCAACGAGUCAAUUUCGCAUGGCAUCCCGAAAAGUCUCUGCGCUUUGCUGCUUCCACCUCAGGUAAGAAGGCUACCUCGUCUUCCGUCCUUCACAGGCUUAUUCGAGGAACAGACAAGAUGCUCAUGGCCGAGUACGCCUUCACCACAGCGAAAGGUUCCUUGACUCCUCCUCACGACCAUGGAGCCGUGGCAGUAGUCGAUGGCAGGACUGUGAAGCUGACCCCGUUUCGGACUGCAAAUAUGCCCCCGCCCAUGGCCAUGUUCGAGUUAACCGCCGACUCCAGCGUAAUUGACGUUGCAUUUGCCCCUGAUAACUCAGCACUAGCAAUAUUGCACCACCUCGGAGUCGACCACUAUGCCUGGGAAACAAAAGGAAUGCGCUCAAUGGCGCCUGCGCUCCUCGAUAAGCUAGAGUUCUCGAAGACGGAGGCUGCCUUAUACGAGGAGGUCCCCCUUCAGAUCACACUCCCUGGGAAACACCGGCUUCGACUCCUGCAGUACGACCAGUGUCUCUCUAUUCUAUCCUGCGACUUGGAUGAAUCACGUUCGUGGGCGAGGAUGGAUGCGGACUCGGUAUCUACCAUCGGAUCCUUUGCCGGAGUCACUGGUACUCAGAUAUUUGCUCAGGAACUGUCUGGGAAGCUAUUAGAAGCCUCAAGAGGAGAGACGGCGGCCUUCCCGACCAAGUUCCCUACUCAACUCCCAUGGGUCGAGGUCAUUCGUCAUGAAGGCGACAACAUGGCCUUUGGACUCUCCCGAAAUGGCCACCUAUAUGCGAACUCACGACAGCUAGUGAGGAACUGUACAUCGUUCCUGGUCACGCCUAGCCAUCUCGUGUUUACGACAAGUAACCACUUCCUGAAGUUUGUCCAUCUGGCUGGUGCUGAAGAACUGGAAGUUCCGCCCGACGACCCGGAAAGCGAUGAGCGAUGUAGGAGCAUCGAGCGUGGCGCGAGGCUCGUCACUGCUAUGCCAACGAAUAUGAAUCUAGUUCUGCAAAUGCCGAGGGGGAACCUCGAGACUCUUGCGCCACGCGCAAUGGUUGUAGCAGGGAUCAGGCAGCUCAUCGACGAGAAGGACUAUGCCAAGGCGUUCGCCUACUGCCGAACCCAACGAGUCGAUAUGAAUAUUCUGUACGACCACCGACCGGAGCAGUUCCUAUCCAACGUCGGGCUCUUCCUUGACCAGAUCGAGGAUGUCGCGCACAUGGACCUAUUCUUGUCUUCGUUGAGGGAAGAGGACGUGGCCCAAACCAUGUAUAAGGACACAAAGCCCUCGAGGAGAAACCAACCCGAAUUUCCCUUUGGGGCCCAUGGGUCUGCCCCAACCAAGCUGUCACCCACCAAGUCCUCCAAAGUCAACUCGAUAUGCGGUGCCGUACUGGAGGCUCUCCGGUCGCGCAAAAACGGCAGUCUCCAAAAUAUCAUCACGGCCAACGUCUGCAAGAGCCCCCCGGCACUUGAAGACGGCCUUCUUGUUGUUGCGGACCUCAUGCGACGAGACGAAUCCUUGGCCGAACGGGCCGUGGAGCACAUCUGCUUCUUGGUAGACGUAAACAGGCUAUACGACCAUGCUCUCGGGCUGUACAACCUCGACUUGACCCUCCUGGUUGCUCAACAGUCACAACGAGACCCGCGGGAAUACGUUCCGUUUAUUCAGAAUCUGCAUCGAAUGCCACAACUAAGGCGGCAAUUUGCCAUCGAUGAUCACCUAACCCGACGGGAAAAGGCCCUGGGCCAUCUACAGGCCCUGAAUGCCUUCGAGGAAGUUUGCACAUACACAGUGAAAUACAGUCUUUACCAGGCAGCCCUCAGGCUCUAUCGGUAUGACGAGCAGCACCUCAGGACUCUCACGGAGUUGUAUGCGUCACAUCUCGAAUCGAACUCCAAAUUCCGCGACGCGGGCCUCGCGUACGAGUCAAUAGGCAACUUCGCCAAGGCGACCAGCUGCUACCGCGGGGCCGGCGCGACAUCCUGGGGGGAGUGCCUCUUCGCCGCCCAGCAGCAGACGCCGCCCCUGUCGGGAUCCGCGCUGUCGGAGCUCGCCAGCGCCCUCGCCGACGCGCUCUACGAGGCAAAGGACUACGCGGCGGCGGCCGUCAUCCACGCCGACUACCUGUCGUCGACCGAGGCCGCCAUCCGCUGCCUGUGCAAGGGCUACCUCUUCGCGGACGCGCUCCGCCUCGCCGCGCUCAAGGGCAGGCCCGACCUGCUCGAGGGCGCCGUGGACGCCGGCCUCGCCGACGCCCUGUCGAGCAGCACCGAAUUCCUGGCGGACUGCAAGGCGCAGCUCCGGGCGCAGGUCCCGCGCAUCCUCGAGCUGCGGCGCAAGGCCGUCGAGGACCCGCUGGGCUUCUACGAGGGGGAGAGGCCCCACGGCGGCGGCGGCGGCGAUGUCCCCGAUGACGUCUCGGUCGCGGCGAGCUCGCGCCUCAGCACGAGCGCCAGCCUCUUCACCAGGUACACGGGCAAGGGCCAGGGCAGCGUGGGCACGGCGGGCAGCGCGGUCAGCCGGGCGACGAGCAAGAACCGCAAGCGCGAGGAGAAGAAGCGGGCGCGCGGGCGCAAGGGAACCGUCUACGAGGAGGAGUACCUCGUCAACAGCGUGCGGCGGCUGGUCGAGCGCGUCGGGCUCGCCGGGGACGAGGUCGCGCGGCUCGUCUUCGGCCUGGCCAGGAGGGGCAUGGCCGAGAGGGCGAGGGCCGUCGAGGCGCUGGCGGCCGAGGUCGUCGACGGGUGCAGGGCGGCGAUCGCGGAGGUCUGGUCGCCGGUCGAGGACGGCGGUGCCGGGGGUGCCGCAGCCGCUGGGGAGGGCGAGGGGCCGGCCGCGUAUGUGCAUCGUUUCACUGGCGGUGAUGCAGUCCUGCAGGACAGCCUGGCCGCCCGGGACGUGCGACAGGAGCCGCCCACCAUAGCCGACUUUGCGAAGCUAUCGUUGCUUGGGUAG